AAUCAGAGGGCAGCGCGAGGGGGCGGGGCCAUAGUUUAAACUAAUUGUGCGCUCACAGCGCUGGCGCUAGCCCACGAAGACGUACGAUUCGGGAGAAUCGCGAGGCAGAGCGAGAGCGCGCAGCCAGGUGGAAACUAAUUCUAAGCCAGACUGCCGGAGAUCACCCUGUUGUAGUGUGUGGAGGCUUCCACCAGGAGACAGGGUCUCUCUCUGUCACCCAGACUGGAGUGCAAUGCGGGAUCUCGGCUCACUGCAACUUCCACCUCUCGGGUUCAAGUGAUUCUCCUGCCUCAGCCUCCCUAGUAGCUAUGAUUACAGGAAACUGCAGCUGAGGAGCCAUUGCAAUCCCAUCUCCAGAAGACCCCCAGAAAGAGUUGGAAGAGUUCUUCAGGCUGUGGCAGCCACUGCCCACCAGCACACCCAGAUCAAUCAAGAUGAAUCCCAGGUGGUGAGGCUGAAGCAGGCGCAUUGGAGUGACUGUCUGGUAUCACCAAGAUGACACUCCACACCACCCGGGGGUCUGCACUCCUCUCUUGGGUGAACAGUCUGCACGUGGCUGACCCUGUGGAGGCUGUGCUGCAGCUCCAGGACUGCAGCAUCUUCAUCAAGAUCAUUGACAGAAUCCAUGGCACUGAAGAGGGACAGCAAAUCUUGAAGCAGCCGGUGUCAGAGAGACUGGACUUUGUGUGCAGUUUUCUGCAGAAAAAUCGAAAACAUCCCUCUUCUCCAGAAUGCCUGGUGUCUGCACAGAAGGUGCUAGAGGGAUCAGAGCUGGAACUGGCGAAGAUGACCAUGCUGCUCUUAUACCACUCUACCAUGAGCUCCAAAAGUCCCAGGGACUGGGAACAGUUUGAAUAUAAAAUUCAGGCUGAGUUGGCUGUCAUUCUUAAAUUUGUGCUGGACCAUGAGGACGGGCUAAACCUUAAUGAGGACCUAGAGAACUUCCUACAGAAAGCUCCUGUGCCUUCUACCUGUUCUAGCACAUUCCCUGAAGAGCUCUCCCCACCUAGCCACCAGGCCAAGAGGGAGAUUCGCUUCCUAGAGCUACAGAAGGUUGCCUCCUCUUCCAGUGGGAACAACUUUCUCUCAGGUUCUCCAGCUUCUCCCAUGGGUGAUAUCCUGCAGACCCCACAGUUCCAGAUGAGACGGCUGAAGAAGCAGCUUGCUGAUGAGAGAAGUAAUAGGGAUGAGCUGGAGCUGGAGCUGGCUGAGAACCGCAAGCUCCUCACCGAGAAGGAUGCACAGAUAGCCAUGAUGCAGCAGCGCAUUGACCGCCUAGCCCUGCUGAAUGAGAAGCAGGCGGCCAGCCCACUGGAGCCCAAGGAGCUUGAGGAGCUGCGUGACAAGAAUGAGAGCCUUACCAUGCGGCUGCAUGAAACCCUGAAGCAGUGCCAGGACCUGAAGACAGAGAAGAGCCAGAUGGAUCGCAAGAUCAACCAGCUUUCGGAGGAGAAUGGAGACCUUUCCUUUAAGCUGCGGGAGUUUGCCAGUCAUCUGCAGCAGCUACAGGAUGCCCUCAAUGAGCUGACGGAGGAGCACAGCAAGGCCACUCAGGAGUGGCUAGAGAAGCAGGCCCAGCUGGAGAAGGAGCUCAGCGCAGCCCUGCAGGACAAGAAAUGCCUUGAAGAGAAGAACGAAAUCCUUCAAGGAAAACUUUCACAGCUGGAAGAACACUUGUCCCAGCUGCGGGAGAACCCACCCCAGGAGAAGGGUGAGGUGCUGGGUGAUGUCUUGCAGCUGGAAACCUUGAAGCAAGAGGCAGCCACUCUUGCUGCAAACAACACACAGCUCCAAGCCAGGGUAGAGACGCUGGAGACUGAGCGAGGCCAGCAGGAAGCCAGGCUGCUUGCUGAGCGGGACCACUUUGAAGAAGAAAAGCAGCAGCUGUCUAGCCUGAUCACCGACCUGCAGAGCUCCAUCUCCAACCUCAGCCAGGCCAAGGAAGAGCUGGAGCAGGCCUCCCAGGCUCAUGGGGUCCGGUUGACUGCCCAGGUGGCCUCUCUGACCUGUGAGCUCACCACACUCAAUGCCACCAUCCAGCAACAGGAUCAAGAACUGGCUGGCCUGAAGCAGCAGGCCAAAGAGAAGCAGGCCCAGCUAGCACAGACCCUCCAACAGCAAGAACAGGCCUCCCAGGGCCUCCGCCACCAGGUGGAGCAGCUAAGCAGUAGCCUGAAGCAGAAGGAGCAGCAGUUGAAGGAGGUAGUGGAGAAGCAGGAGGCAACUAGGCGGGACCAUGCCCAGCAACUGGCCACUGCUGCAGAGGAGCGAGAGGCCUCCUUAAGGGAGCGGGAUGCGGCUCUCAAGCAGCUGGAGGCACUGGAGAAGGAGAAGGCUGCCAAGCUGGAGACUCUGCAGCAGCAACUUCAGGCGGCUAAUGAAGCCCGGGACAGUGCCCAGACCUCAGUGACACAGGCCCAGCGGGAGAAGGCAGAGCUGAGCCAGAAGGUGGAGGAACUCCGGGCCUGUGUUGAGACAGCCCGCCAGGAACAGCAUGAGGCCCAGGCCCAGGUUGCAGAGCUAGAGUUCCAGCUGCGGUCUGAGCAGCAAAAAGCAACUGAGAAAGAAAGGGUGGCCCAGGAGAAGGACCAGCUCCAGGAGCAGCUCCGGGCCCUCAAAGAGUCCUUGAAGGUCACCAAGGGCAGCCUUGAAGAGGAGAAGCGCAGGGCUGCAGAUGCCCUGGAAGAGCAGCAGCGUUGUAUCUCUGAGCUGAAGGCAGAGACCCGAAGCCUGGUGGAGCAGCAUAAGCGGGAACAAAAGGAGCUGGAAGAAGAGAGGGCUGGGCGCAAGGGGCUGGAGGCUCGAUUACAGCAGCUUGGGGAGGCCCAUCAGGCUGAGACUGAAGUCCUGCGGCAGGAGCUGGCAGAGGCCAUAGCUGCCCAGCGCACAGCUGAGAGUGAGUGUGAGCAGCUCGUCAAAGAAGUAGCUGCCUGGCGUGAGCGGUAUGAGGAUAGCCAGCAAGAGGAGGCACAGUACGGCGCCAUGUUCCAGGAACAGCUGAUGACUUUGAAGGAGGAAUGUGAGAAGGCCCGCCAGGAGCUGCAGGAGGCAAAGGAGAAGGUGGCAGGCAUAGAAUCCCACAGCGAACUCCAGAUAAGCCGGCAGCAGAAUGAACUAGCUGAGCUCCAUGCCAACCUGGCCAGAGCACUCCAGCAGGUCCAAGAGAAGGAAGUCAGGGCCCAGAAGCUUGCAGACGACCUCUCCACUCUGCAGGAAAAGAUGGCUGCCACCAGCAAAGAGGUGGCCCGCUUGGAGACCUUGGUGCGCAAGGCAGGUGAGCAGCAGGAAACAGCCUCCCGGGAGUUAGUCAAGGAGCCUGCGAGGGCAGGAGACGGACAGCCCGAGUGGCUGGAAGAGCAACAGGGACGCCAGUUCUGCAGCACACAGGCAGCGCUGCAGGCUAUGGAGCGGGAGGCAGAGCAGAUGGGCAAUGAGCUGGAGCGGCUGCGGGCUGCGCUGAUGGAGAGCCAGGGGCAGCAGCAGGAGGAGCGUGGGCAGCAGGAAAGGGAGGUGGCGCGGCUGACCCAGGAGCGGGGCCGUGCCCAGGCUGACCUUGCCCUGGAGAAGGCGGCCAGAGCAGAGCUUGAGAUGCGGCUGCAGAACGCCCUCAACGAGCAGCGUGUGGAGUUUGCUACCCUGCAAGAGGCACUGGCUCAUGCCCUGACGGAAAAGGAAGGCAAGGACCAGGAGUUGGCCAAGCUUCGUGGUCUGGAGGCAGCCCAGAUAAAAGAGCUGGAGGAACUUCGGCAAACCAUGAAGCAGCUGAAGGAACAGCUGGCUAAGAAAGAAAAGGAGCACGCAUCUGGCUCAGGAGCCCAAUCCGAGGCUGCUGGCAGGACAGAGCCAACAGGCCCCAAGCUGGAGGCACUGCGGGCAGAGGUGAGCAAGCUGGAGCAGCAGUGCCAGCAGCAGCAGAAACAGGCUGACAGCCUGGAACGCAGCCUCGAGGCUGAGCGGGCCUCCCGGGCUGAGCGGGACAGUUCUCUGGAGACUCUGCGGGGCCAGUUAGAGGAGAAGGCCCAGGAGCUAGGGCACAGUCAGAGUGUCUUAGCCUCGGCCCAACAGGAGUUGGCUGCCCUCCGCACCAAGGUACAAGACCACAGCAAGGCUGAAGAUGAGUGGAAGGCCCAGGUGGCCCGGGGCCGGCAAGAGGCUGAGAGGAAAAAUAGUCUCAUCAGCAGCUUGGAGGAGGAGGUGUCCAUCCUGAAUCGCCAGGUCCUGGAGAAGGAGGGGGAGAGCAAGGAGUUGAAGCAGCUGGUGAUGGCUGAGUCAGAGAAGAGCCAGAAGCUGGAGGAGAGGCUGCGCCUGCUGCAGGCAGAGACAGCCAGCAACAGUGCCAGAGCUGCAGAACGCAGCUGUGCCCUUCGGGAGGAGGUGCAGAGCCUCCGGGAGGAGGCUGAGAAACAGCGGGUGGCUUCAGAGAACCUGCGGCAGGAGCUGACCUCACAGGCUGAACGUGCGGAGGAGCUGGGCCAAGAAUUGAAGGCGUGGCAGGAGAAGUUCUUCCAGAAAGAGCAGGCCCUCUCCACCCUGCAGCUCGAGCACACCAGCACACAGGCCCUGGUGAGUGAGCUGCUGCCAGCUAAGCACCUCUGCCAGCAGCUGCAGGCCGAGCAGGCCGCUGCCGAGAAACGCCACCGUGAGGAGCUGGAGCAGAGCAAGCAGGCCGCUGGGGGACUGCGGGCAGAGCUGCUGCGGGCCCAGCGGGAGCUUGGGGAGCUGAUUCCUCUGCGGCAGAAGGUGGCAGAGCAGGAGCGAACAGCUCAGCAGCUGCGGGCAGAGAAGGCCAGCUAUGCAGAGCAGCUGAGCAUGCUGAAGAAGGCGCAUGGCCUGCUGGCAGAGGAGAACCGGGGGCUGGGUGAGCGGGCCAACCUUGGUCGGCAGUUUCUGGAAGUGGAGUUGGACCAGGCCCGGGAGAAGUAUGUCCAAGAGUUGGCAGCCGUACGUGCUGAUGCUGAGACCCGUCUGGCUGAGGUGCAGCGAGAAGCACAGAGCACUGCCCGGGAGCUGGAGGUGAUGACUGCCAAGUAUGAGGGUGCCAAGGUCAAGGUCCUGGAGGAGAGGCAGCGGUUCCAGGAAGAGAGGCAGAAACUCACUGCCCAGGUGGAGCAGCUAGAGGUAUUUCAGAGAGAGCAAACUAAGCAGGUGGAAGAACUGAGUAAGAAACUGGUUGAGUCUGACCAGGCCAGCAAGGUGCAGCAGCAGAAGCUGAAGGCUGUCCAGGCUCAGGGAGGCGAGAGCCAGCAGGAGGCCCAGCGCCUCCAGGCCCAGCUGAAUGAACUGCAAGCCCAGUUGAGCCAGAAGGAGCAGGCAGCUGAGCACUAUAAGCUGCAGAUGGAGAAAGCCAAAACCCAUUAUGAUGCCAAGAAGCAGCAGAACCAAGAGCUGCAGGAGCAGCUGCGGAGCCUGGAGCAGCUGCAGAAGGAAAACAAAGAGCUGCGAGCUGAAGCUGAACGGCUGGGCCAUGAGCUACAGCAGGCUGGGCUGAAGACCAAGGAAGCUGAACAGACCUGCCGCCACCUUACUGCCCAGGUGCGCAGCCUGGAGGCACAGGUUGCCCAUGCAGACCAGCAGCUUCGAGACCUGGGCAAAUUCCAGGUGGCAACUGAUGCUUUAAAGAGCCGUGAGCCCCAGGCUAAGCCCCAGCUGGACUUGAGUAUUGACAGCCUGGAUCUGAGCUGCGAGGAGGGGACCCCACUCAGUAUCACCAGCAAGCUGCCUCGUACCCAGCCAGACGGCACCAGCGUCCCUGGAGAACCAGCCUCACCUAUCUCCCAGCGCCUGCCCCCCAAGGUAGAAUCCCUGGAGAGUCUCUACUUCACUCCCAUCCCUGCUCGGAGUCAGGCCCCCCUGGAGAGCAGCCUGGACUCCCUGGGAGACGUCUUCCUGGACUCGGGUCGUAAGACCCGCUCCGCUCGUCGGCGCACCACGCAGAUCAUCAACAUCACCAUGACCAAGAAGCUAGAUGUGGAAGAGCCAGACAGCGCCAACUCAUCCUUCUAUAGCACACGGUCUGCUCCUGCUUCCCAGGCUAGCCUGCGAGCCACCUCCUCUACUCAGUCUCUAGCUCGCCUGGGUUCUCCCGAUUAUGGCAACUCAGCCCUGCUCAGCUUGCCUGGCUACCGCCCCACCACUCGCAGUUCUGCUCGUCGCUCCCAGGCCGGGGUGUCCAGUGGGGCCCCUCCAGGAAGGAACAGCUUCUACAUGGGCACUUGCCAAGAUGAGCCUGAGCAGCUGGAUGACUGGAACCGCAUUGCAGAGCUGCAGCAGCGCAAUCGAGUGUGUCCCCCACACCUGAAGACCUGCUAUCCCCUGGAGUCCAGGCCUUCCCUGAGCCUGGGCACCAUCACAGAUGAGGAGAUGAAAACCGGAGACCCCCAGGAGACCCUGCGCCGAGCCAGCAUGCAGCCAAUCCAGAUAGCCGAGGGCACUGGCAUCACCACCCGGCAGCAGCGCAAACGGGUCUCCCUAGAGCCCCACCAGGGCCCUGGAACUCCUGAGUCUAAGAAGGCCACCAGCUGUUUCCCACGCCCCAUGACUCCCCGAGACCGACAUGAAGGGCGCAAACAGAGCACUACUGAGGCCCAGAAGAAAGCAGCUCCAGCUUCUACUAAACAAGCUGACCGGCGCCAGUCGAUGGCCUUCAGCAUCCUCAACACACCCAAGAAGCUAGGGAACAGCCUUCUGCGGCGGGGAACCUCAAAGAAGGCCCUGUCCAAGGCUUCCCCCAACACUCGCAGUGGAACCCGCCGUUCUCCGCGCAUUGCCACCACCACAGCCAGCGCUGCCACUGCUGCCAUUGCUGCCACCCCUCGAGCCAAGGGCAAGGUAGAGGCACCGGCAGGAUGGGGGAGGGAAACCUGAUGAGAGCAUGAGCACCCCCCAGACCGCCCCAUCAAGUAGCAUCCAAGACGGGGCCAUGCCAGGCUGCUGGAGGGUGUGGGGUAAGAGGUGUCCCUGUCCUGGAAGCUUCUCUCCAAGGAGAGAAGACAGAUGGCCCCAUUCUCAUGGAGAGCACCCAGAGCUGCUCAGGCACAGCCAGCAACUGAUAACCCUGGGGCUCACAAGGGAGGCGAUCCAGACAGGGGCGUGGGAGCAGGAAGAGAUCUUCCAAGCCAGUGGGUGCAGGCUGGUAUCGCAAGUUCUCAUCUGGCCACGUGACUGUGUCUCUUUCAGGCAAAGCACUAAAGGGCCAGUACCAGUGAGUGGCCCCACCUGUGUCCCCGAUGCUGACCUCACCUGGUCCUCCACCUACUGUCCCUUUCAGUGCCUUCUCUCAGCUCCCAGGCCAACAGUAGCCAAACCCCUAGAGACAGUGAUGCCUGCCCACACCCUGGCCUGGUCCCUGGACCUUCACUGGCGCCUUCUCGGAGCUGGCCCAGGGGGCCUGGAGCAUGGACAGUGUGGGCGCUCUCCCUACCUACCUUGCCUCCUUUUUUCUUAAAGCAAAGUCACUUCUCCAUCACAAUCAGAUUUGAGGCUGGUUUUGAUGGCUGGGUCCUUGGGCCUGGCCAGUCUUCCUCUUAGCCUCUGGAUCUAGAAGGGACCAUAAGAGGAAUAGGCCCUGGUUCCUGCUGUCCUGGUGGCUGGGCCUAGCAGGGGCCCUCACUCUUGAAGUCCAGGACUGGGUCUGACCUGGUGGGAGCACCUGCCAGACGAUGCUCUUUCCCAGGACGGAUGGGCCCUGUGUCUCAGGAGUGGGGUUGGGGGACAGCCUUCAGCGGCAGCUCACACCCUACCUUCCCCAGACUUGCACUGGGGUGGGAUUUGGAGUGAUGGGAAGGUUUUUAAGGGCCGGGGAUGGAUCUUUUCUAAAUGUUAUUACUUGUAAAUAAAGUCUAUUUUUCUCCCGUGA